CCGCGGUUGCGCAGUUGCGACGGUCCUGGUUGCUGACGGCACCCGUCGCUGCGAUGGCGGGAGAGGGGCUCAGGUGCGCGCUGUUGGCCGUUAUUUUCGUUGGCGCGCUCGGCUUGAGCUGCGCUGAACGUUCGCACACGGGGGAGUUCGACGUCAGGCCCGGGGGCCUGGUGCACUCGCACAGUGAGACACUGGGUGACCAUUCAUGCAUAUUUACAUAUGCAUCUCAAGGCGGAACCAAUGAGAGAUGGCACAUGAGUGUAGGUAUCAGUGAAGACAAUAAGUUAUUUUCUUGCUCCGUCUGGCGACCUCAGGGAAAAUCCUAUCUGUUUUUUACUCAGUUUAAAGCUGAAGUCACUAAUGCCAAGAUUGAAUUUGCAAAUGGUUUUUCUCAAGCAGCAGUAGACGGCCGAAGUGAUGUUCCUCUGAAAGAAAAUGAAUAUGUGAUCAGUGAGAAUACUGUGACUCACAAGGAUGGUUUUUUCAAAUCAGAGCUGUCCAAGCUUAUCAUAGUUGCUCGUACAGGACAUGAUGAACUGUAAUUAGAAGACCAUUAUAAGUAACCAUUGAAAUAAACCUUAAAUUUUAUAACUAUAAAUUCAUUACCUUAAUUCAAUUAUUGGAAACAUUUUCAUCCCCACCCUUAUCUUGUAUCUUUCAUUUUGAUUUCCUCCUUUUAAUGACAGAGCAGAAAUGUGUACUGUUGCUUGCUGUUCUAUCAACCAUCUUAAAUCAAAUACAUUUUGGUUUAAAAGUGACCUUUUGUAAAUGACAAAUGUUCUUGUUAAUCUUUUAAAUCUUGAAGAGAUCCUUGGUCCUAUCAGGGUGUUUCAUUUCACAUGCAAACUGGGAAGAGGUAACUAAGCACUCUUGGAAGAUCAUCUGUGGCCAGACUACACUCAGUCUUGCACUGUAACAAUGACCUUUGUUAAAUCCUGUAAAUCUGAUUAAAUGUCAAAAUUAUAAACUGAGCAUAACGUGUGCCCAUCUUUACAACACUGAUUUUUUUUGUAUUAAUGCUGGUAUAUUUGAUUAGUUAAUAUACACUGGGUGCUCUUUGUAAACCAAAACUAUGAAACCUGUCUACAACUGUAAGAAUGAACUUUGACCUGUAUAGAACAUCUUUAUAAAAUAAUUUUUGCGUGAAGGUCUUAAAUAAAUCUUUAGCAAACUUGGUGUUAAUUUAUAGAGCUUAUCUGUACAGUGCUGUUGUUGAAAUGCAACAUGAUUCUUAUGUAUGUCUGGAAGUCUUCUGUUCUUUUAUACUAGGUAACAAUUAUUUACGGGCACCAUAUGCCUUUAUAUUUUACUAUCAAUUGCAAAUAAUUUGGUACAAGCUUAAUGUAUCAUCUACAGUUAACCUUGUAUUUGGUUUUGUUAUAGACCUAUGCCACAAGGGGAAUAAAUUACUAAUUUCA